CUCACACUAAACCUCUAUAGCACAAACUCACACUCACUCUCUCUCUCUCUCUCUCUCUCUCUCUCUCUCUCUCUCUCUCUCUCUCAUACAUUUAAAAGUGCCUUUGUUUAGUAAGUAAUGUCGUUCAAAAUAGCAGCGGAGAGUUUUCCGAUCACGCCGCUCGAGGUGGUGGUGAGAGAGUACGACGAAGAGAGGGACAAGGCGGGGGUGGAGGAGCUGGAGAGGAGGUGCGAGAUCGGGCAGCGAGGAAAGCCUUCUAUGGUCACUGACCUCUUGGGAGACCCUAUCGGCCGCGUCCGCAACUGUUGUUUGCGUGUUAUGCUGGUUGCAGAGUAUGGGGAAAGAGAAAUUGUGGGAGUCAUAAGGGGUAGCAUAAAAACAGUGACUAAUGGAAAGAAAGCCGCCAAUGGUGUUCCAUGUUUUGAAAAACUUGCUUAUAUCCUCGGACUCAGAGUUUCAACCACACACAGGCGGCUCGGCAUUGCUACAAAACUGGUCCAACAUUUGGAGCAAUGGUGCACCCAAAAUGGUGCGAAUUUCUCGUACAUGGCCACGGAAUGCACCAACAAGCCUUCGAUAAACUUGUUCACUGCAAAGUGCAACUACCUCAAGUUCCGCACCCCGGUCAUGCUGGUGCAACCGGUUCACGCCCACUACAAGCCACUAGGCUCGGGCGUGGCCGUGGUCCGAGUCCCCCCACAACUCGCCGAGUCCAUCUACCGCCGGGUCUUCGCCAACUCGGAGCUCUUCCCUCAAGACAUAGAUCAAAUCCUGAAAAACAAGCUCAACUUGGGCACUUUCAUGGCGAUACCCAAAAUGUUCCUCACCCAGUGGGAUCCGAAAACCGGGGUUUUACCAAACAGUUUUGCCAUUUUGAGCGUGUGGAACACGAAGGAAGUGUUCCAAUUGCAAGUGAAGGGGGUGUCAAAGCUAACGUAUGCGUGUUGCGCCGGGAGCAGGGUGUUAGAUAGCUUGAUGCCGUGGCUAAGCAUACCAUCGAUUCCCAAUUUCUUCAGGAAAUUCGGUGUCUAUUUCUUGUUUGGGCUUCACAUGGAAGGAAAAGGUGCUUCGCGCCUCAUGAAGUCUCUAUGCGCCUUCGCCCACAACAUGGCCAGCCACGACGACGGGUGUGGGGCCGUGGUGGCCGAGGUGGGCCAGAGGGACCCGGUUAGAGAGGCAAUUCCGCACUGGAGGAAGUUUUCCUGGGCCGAAGACCUGUGGUGCAUCAAGAAGCUUGCGGCCGCGAAGCAGGAAGCCGGCGAGGAAUGUGGGCCGUUGGAUUGGUUCAAAUCGCAGCCGUCCUCGUCGGUGAUCUUCGUUGACCCGCGCGAUUUGUGACAUGUGGCUUAGGUGACAGAGUAAAUUCUGUAAUUAUUAUGACUUUCUGAUCAAAAACCAAAGAAAAAAUGUUAGUACUAUAUAUAACUAAUUUCAUUUUUUAAUCUCAUGUUUGUUAGUGGGAUUAAUUUUUUUUUUUAGCAUUACUCCAUUAUCCAUAGACCAAACCAUGUAUUUAAUUUCUAGUUUGAGAAACUGCUGAGAAUAUAUGCAAAAGUUUCCAUGCACC